UAUAAUGAAAUAUUUUUAAAGAGAGAGAGAAAGAGAACCAGAGCAUUGCUCUAGCAAAUAUAAUGCCAAGGAUUGAACCCUGGACUUCAGGCUUGUGAGUCCAGUUCUCUAGCUGUGCCAUCUCCUAGCCACUCUUGUUUAUUUGUAAUGCAAUGCCAAGGAAGGAACCCAGGGCUUUGCGUGUCUGAUACUGUGAACUACCUCCCUGGCCCAAUUUAAAAUUUUUUUUUUUUAUAUUUUUGGAGAUGGGGAGAGAAAAGAGAACAGGGUGGGGGAGAGAAAGAAGAAGAGAUAUUAAGUCGCAACACUGCUUCCUCACCCACCCAUCCAUGGAGGCUGCUCAGUGCUCUCUUGUGUUGCCUGGGAUUGAACCCAAGAUGUAUGACAAGUUAUGUACUCUACCUGCUGAACCACCUCUUGAACCUGUGUAUAUAUUUUUAAAUUGACAACUCCUUUUAUCAUUUUUUUGCCUUUACUUUUUAUUGAGAUAAUGUUGGUUUGCUGGACCUUAUGCUUUAGGGCUAUUGUGUCACACCACUCUUUCCUUUCUCUCUAUUUCCUUUAAUAUUUAUUUAUGAGAAAGAGAAAGAGGGGGGGAAAGAGAGAAUGAGAAACAGAGCAUCGCUCUGGUACAGGGAUGGAACGGAGAACCUCGUGCCUGAGGGUCCAACAGAUUAUCUACUGCACCACCUCCUGGGUCACGCCUUCCACCCCCUUAGUGAUCUCUGUUCUUCAGUCUAAAGGACUUCACUUGUUCUCUUGCUUUAUUUUGUUUGUUUACUUGCCACCAGGUUUGUCACCAGGGCUCAGUGCUUGCAUGACUCCACUACUCCUGCUGGCCAUUCUUUUCUUUUCUCUAGAUGGUGAGAGACAGAGAAAUAGGUAGAGAGACAGAGAGAUAGGGAGAGACACUGCCACAAUGCUCCACAUUUGGUUUAACCCCUGCCCCCCCCCCCCCCCGCCACACAAAUACGGGUGCUUCUGUGGCCAGGGUUUACGCCCAGAUCCCUACACAGUGAAGUAUGCACCAACCAGUGAGCACUCUUCAGCCCUCACCUCCUCAUCCACCCAUCUACUCUGGAGCACUGCAAUUACCUCCUUGUCUGGGUUUUAUGGCUCUUGGGCUCACUUCUUUGCCACUUUAACAUGGCUUUCCUGUGGUUCCCUCAGAUACCUUUGGGGUGUUGCCACCAGGGGCCCCCAGAAUUUGUUCCAGGACUUGAGGUGCUUCCAACUGCUUGUGACUUGCUAACAAACAGACUUAUCUCUCAGUCAGCUGUGCAUUUGCCUCCUCAGAUUGUUUUUAGGCAUAAUACCCAGGCCUGUGUCUUUGUCCUUUCUGGGGUGGGAGGACAGCUACAGCUUGGGUGCAUGGCUGAGGCAGGGCCAGCAGACGAUACCCCUUAGAGCUUAUGAUUCUUAGGGUACAGCCACUGGGUGGGCAUCAAUGGGAGGCUGCUGGCAGUACAGAUUCUUAAGGCCUAUCUCAGCACCAGCUGAGAGUUGGGGUUUCGGGGAGGAAAAGGAGCUGGUAGAGAGAGAUAUCUGAGGAUAUAGUGGGGCUGACCCUCUCAUCCCAUGCCCACCUGGGGCGGGGCCCUCCAACCUCUCCUCUGGAGCCCCCAGGCAGCACCCAGCCCCCCUCUCCUCACCAUGCAGGUAGUACUCCUUCCUCACAAACAAACCUGCAGCCCCAGUUGGUCACCAGGGCUGUUGCCAUAGUGAUUGACAUCAGCCUCCAGCUCCCCAAGGACCCCCUGACUCCCUCCCACUGCCAGGAGGCCCCAGGAGAGCUGCCGGCCCACAUGGAGGGUAGGGCAGGGCGGCCACAGGCGGGUGACGUGGGAGGGCUGGGCGGGCACUGGUGGCCUAUACGGGGCAGCAGGCAGAGCUGGCAUUCAGCUCCCAGACGGCGAUGGCGGAGGACGGGCCGCAGAAGCCGCAGCUGACCAUGCCGCUGGUGCUGGACGAGGACCUGACCAAGCAGAUGCGGCUGCGGGUGGAGAGCCUGAAGCAGCGUGGUGAGAAGCGGCAGGAUGGUGAGAAGCUGCUGCGGCCGGCCGAGUUCGUGUACCGCCUGGACUUCGUGCAACAGCAGCGGCUGCAGUUCGAGCGCUGGGACGUGAUGCUUGACAAGCCAGGCAAGGUCACCAUCACUGGCACCUCACAAAACUGGACACCCGACCUCACCAACCUCAUGACCCGCCAGCUGCUGGACCCUGCGGCUAUCUUCUGGCGUAAGGAGGACUCGGAUGCUGUGGAUUGGAAUGAAGCCGAUGCCCAGGAGUUUGGGGAGCGCCUGUCUGAGCUGGCCAAGAUCCGCAAGGUCAUGUUCUUCCUGCUCACCUUUGGGGAGGGCAUGGAGCCAGCCAACGUCAAGGCCGCCGUGGUCUUCAACCAGCUCUGAGUAGCCCCCUGCCCACCCUGUCUCUUUGCCUGGCUGAGUGUUAGGGGACUUUCUUCUCACUGCUGACUUGUUCCAGACUCCCCAUGCAUCCUUGCUUUUUCUCUUCCUGGCCCUAAGGGGAGACGCAAAGGCUGUGUAGUAUAGGCAUUGGCCUCCAAGGCCUGUGAGGCACCUCCUUUUGCUCCAAAGACCGAGAGAAAGAGAGACAGAUCCAAAGGACCAGCCAUUGACCCUCCUCCAGAGACAGGAAGCCCACAAAUGGAGACCCCAGCUUGCAGGCAUCUGCUGCUUGACCAAAGCUUGUAGGUGAACACCCACUCCAAGGACCCAGAAAGGUGCUGCUCCCAGCACAGGCUUGGCACUGCCCCACCACACCAGGGGCUCGGGGACAGUGGUUGUGGGGGCUGGGGGCUGGGGGAUGUUCUAGGCAUUCCAGAGUGGCCAGCCAUCUUCUGGGCAUGACUUCAUCCAGAGUGAAAGGAGGAAGGGUUGUUGAGAACCACUGUGCUAUGUUCCUGUGGGCAUUUUCUAGAAUCUGUUGAUGACAUGCCCAGCUGAACUGACUGUGGUACCCACCAGGGGCUUGGUCAUUGUGACCUUGGGUGUGAGGCUCCUGAUCAGGGAGACUUGAAGGUGCCUACACUGUGAGGGGCAGGGCCAUAGUAGGUUUUCUCUGUCCAGGGAAGCUGGAGAGAGGGGUUCAGAGCCCCAGAGAGGAUGGAAGGUCCUAUGGCCACCCUCUUCCAGAUUGGCAUGAUAUCCAGUGAGACACCCUCACAGCAAGGGUAGGGAUGAUGGCUGCUGGUAUUGGCAGAGCUGGCAUCUGAGAAUUGGGCACAAGGCUCCCACCAGAGAGGAGAUGGAGGAGACAUGCUACCAGCAAGUUCAGAUUUGACGCCCUAAGUCUCACCCCCCUUCAUAUUGCAUAGUCCUGGGGAACUCACCCCACACCUUGAGAGGGGGAUUGGACUUAACACCACAGGGAGCCAGUCUCCAAACUCCAGAUUCUCUUGGGGGGGUCCCCUAUAACUCCUGACUUUGGGAUGCCCUAUGGGGAUUUGUAUGGAGUAGGGGCAGGCUUGGUGAAGUCACCCCGGCCUGCUGCCUCUUCGUUUGCAUUCUCACCACCGUAGCUCUGAGACUGCCUGGGUGCUGUGCCAGGGCCCUGCUAUGCUCACCGUGUGUCCCCAAUAAAGCUAUGUAUCCUU